AUGGGCACUGGUAGUGGGAAGACACUGAUUGCCAAAUUACGUAUAGAAGCGGAACUAGAACGCUCCCCAGAUAAGUUGGUGUGGUUCACUGCUCCCAGCGUGGUCUUAGCCUAUCAGCAGUAUCGUUUCCUUUCGCAACAGCUACCGGCAUUCCAAUUCAGACUGAUAACCGGCAUGGACAGCGCUGAAUACUGGACCACCAAGGCGGUUUGGGACAAAGUCCUUGACAAUAUUCAGGUUGUUAUUUCCACCCCUGCCAUCCUGGCCCAGGCUCUCAACUACGGCUUCAUUUCCUUGGCUGGCAUCUCGUUGCUGGUUUUCGACGAAGCUCAUCAUGGGAUUAAGAAGGCCAGCCUGAACGAAAUUAUGAAGCUUCACUAUCACCCACAUAAUGUACCCGGAUCUAACAUUGAAUUGCCUCAUAUACUUGGCCUGUCCGCAAGUCCAAUCACCAAUAAGGCAGGGACAGAAGUGAAGGUUUUGGAGGGAAAUCUCAACGCGGUUUGCAAAACUCCUCUUCAGCAAUUGGAUGAAUAUACAGCUUUCCUGAACAUGCCAGAGCUCACAAAUUUGACAUACAAGACAGCCCUGCAGUCUUCCUCCCAAAUCUACCGAUGUUUAGCCGGCAUUGUUUCUGUCAUCCAAAUACAUGAUGACCCGAUCAUGAAGACCCUACGAGAAUUGGAUAGUCCGGCCGCCCACGAGAAGCUUGACAAGAUCCUGAGAAAGAAUUGCACACCAGCUAUGAAAGAGUUACAAGCACUUGACCGGUCGUGCAAAGACAUACAAGAAAAUCUGGGGAAUUGGGCGUGUGACAUGUUCAUCAAAAAAUGUGUUGAAAAAGCUGAGAUCAAACAGCUUCACACGCUUGAACUUAAUACGGAGCUAUCGUCCUAUCAGUUCAUCAAAUCCUGCCUCCAGCCUCUGCAUGAGCAGAUCCUAUCAAAUAUGUUGAGCAUGUCCGCAGUGAAUAGCGUUUCACCAAAGGUUCAGGUGUUACUCGACUUCCUCCAAAAGGAACAUCGUUCCAACCUCAGAUGUCUUGUUUUCGUGCAAUCUAGAAAUGCAGCCUGGUCACUCAACCAAGUCCUCAACAAUCAUCCACUUACAAAAGACUGUUACAAAUCAUUUUCCUUUGUCGGAGUGCGCAAUCCAUCACAUCAAGGCAUGUUCGAUUUUGCAGAGCUACGCAUUCAGCAUGACAACCUGGAGAGAUUCCGACGCGGAGAGCUCAAUCUCUGUGUGGCAACCUCAGUGCUUGAAGAAGGCAUUGACGUACCUGCAAUGAACCUGGUGAUAUGUUUCGAUGAGCGACAAAACUUCCGAAGUUUCGUCCAAAGUCGAGGGAGAGCCCGGCAAAAAGGUUCCAAGUUCGUACUCAUCGAAGAAGUCGAUUCCAAGCUGGAGAAAUGGCAAGCCCUAGAGGACGAGAUGAAGCAGGAGUGCGAGGAUUCUCUUCGGACGUUGGAAGGACGAGAGUAUAUCGAGAGCAUGGAUGAAUCCGAGGGUGAAAUCUUUAGAGUCGAGUCAACUGGAGCUACCUUGACUUAUAGAGGAGCGCGACAACUCCUGGAUCGAUUUUGCGCAAAGUUGCCCAAGACAGAUGAAUGUGAACGACCGAAUCCGAUAUUUUGCAUCCAAGGGGAAAUUGGUGUCGACGUGGUGGCGAAAGUCUACCUUCCUACUACCCUCCCUCCGAGCUUGCAGAAGGCAGAGUCAAAAUUUAGCCGGCGAACAGAGAAAUUGGCGAAGCAAGACGCCGCCUUUCAGGCUUAUCUAGCACUCUACAGGGCUGGGCUUGUGACAGAGCAUCUGUUACCUCCGGAAUAUCCAAAAGAAACAAACAACGAACCCGACAUCGAAAAGAGAGACAGUGAAUACGAUGUGCAGAGUCAAUACGACCCUUGGCCAACGCUUGUGGCACAGUGGACAACGGCUGGUACGAGGUACGCUCACCGUCUUCAUGUCGAAGCUGCCGAUUUCCCCUAUCCCACUAUGCAACUUCUCCUUCCCCGAAAACUCUCCGGCAUCUCAUUCCCCCUCUUCACUGCGCCAUCCGGCCAAAUGCAAGUUAGUGUGAGCACUGGGGAGGAGGUACACCAUUUUCCUACCGAUCUGGGCCGAGACGUAAGUUUUCUUGCCCUGGACGUAAUCCUUGGGCGAAGGCUGCCAGGUCUCAACAAGGAACAGCUCCCGUUUCUCCUCGUCCCCGACAUGGACCUGCCAUCGAUGCGAGACUGGUAUCACAAAGCGUCUAGCAACACACCAAUGGUUAGCUUCCUCGAAAGCCGCCCCAUCUGCGACAACGCAUACCUUGUACGAUUCCAAAAUCACAAUAUUCCGUACGUAUGGCAGCCCGGUGUAUGGCAGGAGGAUGCGAGUCAUCACGAGUGUCAGCUCAAGAGGACACAGAGCAUUACCGAAAUCGUGGGGACAAGUCUUUCCAGAAAGCUAGAAUAUCUAACCUCAAAUAUCUUACCAGCAACAAGGUCCGAUGCAUCCAGAAUCUUACCUGUGGAUGGUUGUUCGGUGCUGGGAUUACCUGCGGAAUAUGGGCGACUGAUGCUGCUCAUACCGUCGAUUACGCACAUGCUCGAAAUUGCUCUUCGUACCACAGAAGCCUGUAAAGGGCCUCUGCUCAGCCUUGGUUUUGACAGUGUCGAUUUAGUGUCCGAAGCACUAACACUUCCAAACGUGGGAAGUAGAAAUUAUCAACGGCUAGAGUUUCUCGGAGAUGAUUUGCUGAAGUUUUAUUCUUCACUUCAAGUCUUUGUUGACUAUCCCAACCAUCCGGAAAGCCAGCUCAGUGUGUAUCGGGACAGAAUCGUCAGCAACGCACGGCUACAACGAGCGACCAGAACUCUGGGCCUGGAUCAGUAUCUCACUCGGAACCGAUUCUCAGGGCCUCAGUGGUCAGCUGGCGUCAGCAACUCCAGAAUUCGUGCGAAGAACCUGCUACAGAAACGGCUAUCGUCGAAGAUAUUGGCAGAUGUGAUUGAAGCAUUGAUCGGAGCUGCAAGUCUCAGUGACGUUGGAUUAGAGGACUCGGAUGCAAAAGUGCUUUCUGCACUAAAGUUGUUUCUUAGCGAGAUCCCUUGGAGGCCUCUGUCUGAGAAUAUUGUCAAAAUCCAACCUCAGGAUACCCCUUCAAACCACCGGCUUGAGGCGCCAGUCGAGUCCUUAAUCGGCUACUCCUUUGUGAGCAAGGCUCUACUGGCACAGGCCUUAACUCAAUCGAACCUUGGAGGCAACGCUUCCUCAUCCUACGAUCGGCUUGAAUUCCUAGGCGAUGCCGUCCUCGACCACAUUGUGAAACCGAAGCUUUUUUACACUUCUCUCCAACUCGACCCUGAUCAGAUGACAUGCCGCCGUCACGCCCUGGUCAGCCAUGCAGCGUUAGCGUUCUUCGCUCUGCAGGUUUCACAUACCCGCACCAUAUUUGAUGUGCAAACCAACCAUCUCACGAAACAAACCGUCACCCAGGAGAAGACUGAGACAGUCUACCUCCCUGACUACAUCAGACGGAUUGGCAACAGGGAGGCUCCCUUGCAGCGACGAGCCACUUUGGCAGCCUACCAAGAAGUCCGGUCCUCGGUCAUCGAGAGCUUUGAAAUCGGCAAAAAGUUUCCCUGGAGGGAACUAUCACGCCUGGCAGCUCCGAAAUGCUACUCGGACGUUGUUGAAUCAAUCCUUGGUGCGGUCUUUGUUGAUUCCCAAGGAGACCUGACCGCUUGUGAAGCAGUGCUCGAGAAAAUGGGGUACAUGAAACUAGUGCAUCGAUUUGCAACAGAACUGGACAUCGACGCGCGACAUCCCGAGGCGUUAUUGCAUGAGGCAGUCCCGAACUGUGGACUUGUGGCGCAGGAGAGGAAGAAAGCAGCCACCGGCGAGGCUAGUCGGAGUUGGAGGUGCAAAGUCAUGGUUGAGGGAAAGAGGAUCGCACACGUGAAAGGGGCGAGUUGUAAAGAGGAGGCGUACUGUCGCGCGGCGGAGAAGGCGUUGGAAGUCGUGGGUCGCAAGAGGAAGAGGGAGUCCCUCGAGCAGCGGCCCGACCGCAAGGGAGAGUACGGUCAGGAGCAGGAGGAAGAAGAGGGGUUGGACUAG